CACUGAAACACACGCAACAGAAGUUCCGUAAUAGCACAUAAACAUCUGCCUAAAGAUGAGUUCAAAGAUUGGAAGCGUUGCAGCAAUUAUGCAAAAGAACGCCUCUAAUAAAGGGACUGUUAUAUUUCUACAUGGAUCAGGUGAUACCGGCAAAGGUGUUAAAGAAUGGGUCAACUUCUUGUUGGGAAACGACUGGAAUUUUCCUCAUUUGAAAGUUCUUUUUCCCACGGCACCUGUAAGAAAAUAUACACCUUUAGGAGGAGCACCUAGUCAUGUGUGGUUUGACCGUGAAAAUAUUUCUCCUGAUGUACCUGAACAUCUAGACACAAUAGAGCCAAUGGGAAAAGAAGUAGUAAAUUUGAUUGAGAAGGAGGUCAUGUCUGGAAUUCCUCUUGAACACAUAAUAAUAGGUGGUUUUUCAAUGGGAGGAGCAAUGGCCAUUCAUGUUGGAUACAGGUUGAAACCACAGGUGGCAGGAGUUUUUGCCUUGUCGUCCUUCCUCAACUACAAUUCAGUUGUUUAUAAGCAUUUGGAGAGCUACAAGGAACAGCAAGAAUUCCCACCUUUGUUUAUGUGUCAUGGUGAUAGAGAUGACCUAGUGCCCUUGACAUGGGGUGAAGAAACCUUUAAGAAUCUAGAGAAACUUGGUGUUAAGGGUCAGUUCCACACUAUCAAGAAUGCAUUGCAUGAACUAAAGAGGCAAGAGCUUAAAGCCUGGAGUGAUUGGGUCAGAGAACGCGUACCUGAAUAAAUGGAUGUUUUUAAAUGUGUUGCUGAAGGAUGUAGUUUUGUAUAAAUUGUUGCUUGACAGACAAUAACAUUGUUCGUUCCAGCGGAUCAUUUUUGUACAUUAUUUUCAAAUGUUGUAUAAGAUUGUAUGUAUGCUAGAAACUCUGCGGACUCACCAGAGGCACAAGUACAAUUUAAGUGUGUGACAUGUAUUACAUUAUUCAUUAAUUUGGGAGCCACUGAAAAUCUAAUAAUAAAUAGAGAGAUCUGUGGAUAA